UGAGAGUGUGCUCGGCGAGCUGAGGUGAAGAAGAGGAGGAUGAAGCAGGGAGCGGAGGAUGGGAGGAAGAGUGGAGUAAAGAGACAGGCGGGUUGUGCGUGAAUGACCGAGUGAGGACGAGGACAAGAAGGUCGUCAGAGGGAGACAAUCCAAUGCUUCGGGGACACCCUAAGGAGUAUUGCUAACGGAAACUUUGAACUUUUUUUUACCCGCCACUGCUGUGCCCGGAGCCGGCUUUGUUUCACCGCCGGGGCGUCUCUAAAUGAAGGAAUAAAAUAGAUCCCUGUCGACCUUUGCUGUCCAAGUGGGGGAUUACUCUGGAGCCGAUUUUGAUCCAGGAUACUAAAGAAUGGCGGCCAACAUGUAUCGAGUGGGAGAUUACGUUUACUUUGAGAACUCCUCCAGCAACCCAUACCUAAUCCGCAGAAUAGAAGAGCUCAACAAGACGGCUAAUGGGAAUGUGGAGGCCAAGGUGGUGUGUCUCUUCAGGAGACGAGACAUCUCAGGCAACCUCAACACACUGGCUGACAGCAACGCACGAGAGUUUGAGGAGGAGUCCAAGCAGCCAACACUGUCUGAACAACAGAAGCACCAACUCAAACACAGAGAGCUCUUCCUCUCUCGACAGUUUGAAUCUCUACCUGCCACUCACAUAAGGGGCAAAUGUAAUGUCACCCUCCUCAAUGAAACAGAUGUUCUGUCAGGCUACUUAGAGAAAGAGGACUGUUUCUUCUAUUCACUGGUGUUCGACCCAGUCCAAAAGACCCUGCUGGCUGACCAGGGAGAGAUCCGGGUGGGCUCCAAGUACCAAGCAGAGGUCCCAGACAAACUAACUGAGGGUGAACCAGACAACCGGGUCCAGGAGAAGCUGGAGACCAAGGUGUGGGACCCCGACAACCAACUCAAAGACCCUCAAAUUGACCAGUUCCUGGUGGUGGCAAGAGCUGUUGGGACAUUUGCUCGAGCACUGGACUGCAGCAGCUCCAUCCGCCAGCCCAGCCUUCAUAUGAGUGCAGCUGCUGCCUCCAGAGACAUCACACUGUUCCAUGCCAUGGACACAUUGCAGAAGAACAAUUAUGAUCUGGCCAAAGCCAUGUCUACCCUGGUGCCCCAGGGCGGUCCUGUGCUGUGUCGUGAUGAGAUGGAGGAGUGGAGCGCCUCUGAGGCCAUGCUGUUUGAGGAAGCUCUGGAGAAAUAUGGCAAAGACUUCAACGACAUCCGUCAGGACUUUCUGCCUUGGAAGUCCUUAGCCAGCGUGGUGCAGUUCUACUACAUGUGGAAGACUACAGACCGCUACAUCCAGCAGAAACGACUAAAGGCUGCCGAGGCAGACAGCAAGCUGAAGCAGGUUUACAUCCCCACCUACACCAAACCCAACCCCAAUCAGAUCAUGGUGCCAGGCAGCAAGCCUGGGAUGAAUGGUGCUGCAGGCUUCCAGAAAGGUCUCAACUGUGAGAGCUGUCACACGGCGCAGUCACCUCAGUGGUACGCAUGGGGUCCCCCAAACAUGCAAUGCAGACUUUGUGCUUCCUGUUGGAUCUAUUGGAAGAAGUAUGGAGGUUUGAAGACCCCCACGCAGCUAGAGGGCGCUACAAGAGCUGGCUCUGAGUCGGGGCCCCGUGGACACAUGACCCGCCAGGAGGUCCAGGGCUUGUCGCCGUUCACUCGCAAUGAGGGGCGAGCCAAGCUGCUGGCAAAGAACCGCCAGACCUUCAUCCUGCAGACCACCAAGCUCACCCGCGUGGCUCGGCGGGUCUGUGAGGAUAUCCUGCAGCCUCGCCGAGCCGCACGACGGCCGUACGCCUCCAUUAACGCCAACGCCGUCAAAGCUGAGUGUAUGAUCCGCUUGCCCAAGGCUACAAAAACUCCUGUGAAGAGCAAAGUGGUGCCUCGACAGUCGCUGGCCAACAUUGUGAAGGAUUUAGCCAUCUCUGCUCCUCUUAAACUGAAGGCAUCCAGAGGACCCCCGACACCCAUCAACAGGAACCAGGCCAGCCAGCCACGAGUGGGCCAAGGCCUGCUGGGAAAGAGAGGCUUUGACAGUGCCACAGGAAUGCCCUACUCAGCCAAUGGGAGGUCUUAUACUUCCGGAAUGAGGACCACCUCCCAGUCUGUCAUUAAGCGUCAGAAGGUCAGCCAGGGAGAAGCCCCCAACCCUGUUGUGUUUGUGGCCACCAAGGAUACCAGGGCUUUGAGGAAACAUCUGACUCAAUCAGAAAUGCGACGGGCAGCGAGGAAGCCUCAUCUUCCUGUUCGGAUCAAGCUGCCCCCGCCCCUUCGUCCCCCGGCCAUACCCCUGCUCCCCUCUAGCACCAGCGAGCCCAUCGUCCUGGAGGACUAAAGGAAGGGGUUUCUUUUUUAGCGGGACAGGGACAAGGGUCUGUGUCAUUACCUGCCGUCUUUUACUUCCCAUUUCUCUUUAGUCCCCCCACAAGUGAAUCUUUCCAACACAUACACAUUUAACACCUCCUCCUCCCCACACACACACCUCAGGCUUUGUAGGAUUUUAUUCUAGAUCCUGAAUUGCUUUUUAAUGCCGUCUGCUUUUAUAUGUGUAAUUUAAAUGGAGCUAUUUUUUUUCUCCCUCUCCAUCCUUAAAUGUUAAUGAUAAAGCACACUUUGUCCACAUCGAUAUUUCUGUGUAAAUAUAUGAGCAAAGUGAAGGGGAGGAAGUUUUAAUGUAUCUGCGUCACAACAACAGCAACUCUAUUUUUGAGCAAGCACAAAACAAGUUUUUUUUUAAUCAUUCACAUCACUUAAUUUGGCAAAAAGGUCAACCAGAUGUGCAAUGGUGUUAAUGUGUUCAUCAUUUGACAGCCUAGCUUACCUUAAGCAAGUAUCGGUGGGGUAAAUCUACAGAAUACUAAUUCACACACUGUACACGUGCUUGUUUUGUGCUUGCCGAUCUUUUUUCUUAGCUCUUUAUGCAUUUGAACGAGUUGCUGUGUGACUUGCUGAUGCCGCUCGUUGCUUCCAAGCAGUGUUGCGAGCGUGUGGAGGUCCACGAUGAAGCCAUAGUGUGUGACAUCUGUCAACAUGAGCUGAAUGAAAAUGACGCCGUGCUGUUUUUUGCUCGCCUGCUGACGAAAGACUGUUGAUUUUUAAAGCAGCAAUAUGAAAGUGUGUGUGAUUGGUUACACGGUGAGAGACUUCACAUCCCUCAGCUUUACUUUGCUUUGUUUGCUUUGGGUGCCCUCGUUAGUACCUUUUUAAGAAAGGCUUAAUUGAAUAAUCAUAAUUCUUGUGUAUUGCCCUCCUCCUGAGCUCCACAGCACUGAGGACGACGAGGAUUUUUGUUAACAGUAUCUUUCUCAAAAAAAAGGAAAAGUAGGAAUGUUUGUAGCAAAUUCUAGUCUGUUGGAAGGAAAGUGGAUUAUAUUGGAAUUUCUUGUGUGGCUCUCCUCUUCAUUGGGCGCUCUGCUAAUUUGAACAUUCAGUUGGGAGGGUGGGUGUGCGGGGGUGUACUGACUUUUUCUAUGGCUCAGAGAGAAAUAUGCUACAAUUGAAAACAUUUUU